ACGAGACUGAAGAUAGCAAGGGGAUCCUUAUGCAGCACUACGUGAGAUGAACAAAACUCCACAGCCCUCAGGAGGAACCCCAUCAGCCCCACACCCCUCCCCUUCUCCUGGACUUCCACAGCAAUCAGCAUUUCCUCCUGGCCAACCGGCACCUGUGGUUUUUAACCCAGCGCAAGCUACCCAAAUGAAUACGCCUUCCCAGCCUCGACAGCAUUUCUACCAGAGCAGGGCCCAGCCUCCGACCAGUGCUUCCCGAGUGCAGAGUAACGCGUCGGCUCGGCCUGGCCCACCCACCCAUGUUUAUCCAGCUGCUUCCCAGGUGAUGAUGAUCCCCUCACAGAUCUCCUACCCUGCUUCGCAAGGCGCCUACUACAUCCCCAGACAGGGCCAGUCCACGUACGUCGUUCCGACUCAGCAGUACCCUGUUCAGCCGGGCGCCCCCAGUUUUUACCCUGGAGCCAGCCCGACAGAAUUUGGCACCUACGCUGGUGCGUAUUACCCGGCCCAGGGUGUGCAGCAGUUUCCCGCUGCUCAGGUCAUGCUGAACCAGCAGCCGCCAAUCCCGCCAAAGCGAGAACGCAAGACGAUCCGGAUACGAGAUCCAAAUCAGGGUGGCAAGGAUAUCACAGAGGAAAUAAUGUCUGGCGCCAGAACUUCCUCCACCCCUACUCCUCCACAGGCUGGAAGCGGUCCAGAGCCCCAGGCCAACGGAGAGACACCCCAUGUAGCAGUUAUAGUCCGGCCAGACGAUCGUCCCAAGACUGGCCCAGUCAUAAGCAAAUCCAUUUGUUCGGAGACUAGCAUAUCGGAGUCCCCGUCUCCCCCGCCACCCCUCAUCACUGAGGCCGAGGCCGAGACCGCGCUGCCGGCUGCCGUGUCGCUGGUGCACGCGGAGAGCCCCCUCACCGUGGACACUACAGAGGAGCUGCCGGAGGUCCCCGCGGACAUCCUCGAACCCGUCAGCGCCACCACUACAGUGCCAGGGGGCCCCGUGCUGCCCCCAGAGGCCCCCGACUCCGACCCGGAGCCUCAGGAGGAGCCAGCUGCUAACCCCCUUUCCGAGCUUCCUCCCCAGCCGGCCCCGACAGAGGUGCUGAUGGACGAAGGAGAAGAAGAAGAAGCCGCCGCGGCGGAGAUAGUGACUCCCCAGCCGGAGGCUCCUCCACCCGAGGAGCUUCCGGAGACUCUGCCGAGCGACCCCCCAACGCCCCCGCCUUUGCUCGAGGAGCCCCCAGAGGGGUCGGCAGAGGCGAACGGGGUGCCAGAAGAGGAACCGCCGGAGCCCAUGCUGGAGCCUCACUUGUGCCAGCCGGAGCCCACUGCAGAGCCCCCCGUUGUUCAGCCCGAGGAGCUGCCGAUCCCCAACGGGGUGGAGGUCCCCGGGAACCAGCCAGAAGGAGGCGACGAGCCCAAGGAGCCGCCGGAGUCGGACGUCAGUCCCAUCUCCGAGCCGGAGGAAGUGAAAGCGGAGGAGCCGGCGGAGGUGCCCCCCCCAGCCACUCCGCCUCCCGAGGAGGAGGAGGAGGAGGAGGAGCCCGAGCCGGAAGAGGCCGAGAGCGAAGAGCCAGCUGAGACGCAAGAGCAGAGUGCCCUGCCGGCGGCUGCACCCUCCGAGAGCACAGAGGCGACUGUGCAAGUAGCGCUAUCCGUGCCAAAGAAAAAGCGGAAGUUGAAGGACCUGAACAAGAAAGAUAACCUGGGAGACCUGCUGGAUGCAUUCAAAGAGGCCAAUGAAAGCAGCUCCGAGGUGGAAAACACUCCCCCUGUGCCAGCCCCGGAGCCUGAGGAAGCCGCCCCGCCCCGCCCCCAGGAGGAGGCGGAAGAGACAUGGGAAGAGAAGGAGGACAAGCUAGACCCCGAGAAGGCCAAGCUGGCAGAUCAGAAGUACCGCUACAAGGAAGAGCAAUGGAAGCCCCUGAACCCAGAAGAGAAGAAAAGGUACGACCGGGAGUUCCUGCUGGGCUUCCAGUUCAUCGUUGCCAGCAUGCAGAAACCCGAGGGCUUGCCCCAGAUCACCGACGUGGUGCUGGAGAAGGCAAACAAGAUGCCCCUGCGGCCCCUGGACACGGUGCGCCUGAGCAACAUGAACUGUGGACCUGACUUUACGCCCUCCUUCGCCAAUCUGGGCCGGCCAGCCCCACCCAUCCGUGGCCCGCCCGCAGGGCCGGGGCAGCGCCGUUCCCAGCAGAACCUGCGCAUGAAGGAGCCACGGAAGAUCAUCGCCACGGUGUCCCUGAACGAAGACAUCAAGCUCAACAAGGCCGAGAAGGCCUGGAAGCCCACCAGCAAGCAGAAGGUGGUGACAGAAGCCGAGGAUCCCGAGAACAUAAAAACGCAGGAGCUGUUCCGCCGCGUGCGCAGCAUCCUGAACAAGCUGACGCCGCAGAUGUUCCAGCAGCUGAUGAAGCAGGUCACAGAGCUAUCCAUCGACACGGAGGAACGCCUCAAGGGCGUGAUUGACCUCAUCUUCGAAAAGGCCAUCUCCGAGCCAAACUUCUCCGUUGCCUAUGCCAACAUGUGCCGUUGCCUUAUGGGGUUGAAAGUCCCCACCACCGACAAACCGACCGUGAUGGUCAACUUCCGCAAGGUUCUCCUGAACCGGUGCCAGAAGGAGUUUGAGAAGGACAAGGACGAUGACGAGAUUUUUGAGAAGAAGCAGAAGGAGAUGGACGACACAGCUGGUCCGGAAGAGAGAGCUCGCCUGAAGGAGGAGCUGGAUGAUGCCCGGGACAAGGCCCGGCGGCGUUCUCUGGGCAACAUUAAGUUCAUCGGGGAGCUCUUCAAGCUGAAGAUGCUGACGGAGGCCAUCAUGCACGACUGCGUGGUGAAGCUGCUCAAGAACCACGACGAGGAGUCGCUCGAGUGCCUCUGCCGGCUCCUCACCACCAUCGGCAAGGACCUGGACUUCGAGAAGGCCAAGCCUCGAAUGGACCAGUACUUCAACCAGAUGGAGAAGAUAAUCAAGGAGAAGAAAACGUCCUCGCGCAUCCGCUUCAUGCUGCAGGAUGUGAUCGAUCUCAGACGGAAUAGCUGGGUGCCCAGGAGAGGAGACCAGGGCCCCAAAACGAUAGACCAGAUCCACAAGGAAGCCGAGAUGGAGGAGCACCGGGAGCACAUAAAAGUGCAGCAGCUGAUGUCCAAACAGGACAAGAGGAGGGGGCCUCCGGGCCCGUCGUCCGCAGGUGGGCGUGGGAGCCUCGUCUCGGAUGACGGCUGGAACACCGUCCCCAUCAGCAAGGGCAACCGGCCGAUCGACACCAGCAGGCUAACCAAGAUCACGAAGCCCGGCUCCAUCGACUCCAACAAUCAGCUCUUUGCGCCCGGCGGGCGGCUGAGCUGGGGGAAGGGCAGCAGCGGCGGAUCAGGCGCCAAGCCUGCCGAACCAACCUCCGACUCCAACAGACCCGCCACAAGUACCUUGAACCGCUUCUCCGCCUUACAACAGUCGGCUCCUGGAGAGAGCCAAGACGUUCGGCGGGUGAUACAAAGAAGCAGCACCAGCCGCGACCGUUCCGAGAAGGGCAGCGACCGGGGAGACCGCUUGGAGCGUGAGCGGCCAGAGCGGGGCGAGCGCCUGGAGCGGUCUGAGCGGCCAGAGCGGUCGGACCGGAACCGGGGCCCUGUCACUAAGCGCAGCUUCAGCAAGGAGAUGGACGACCGGAGCCGGGAGCGCGAGCGUGAGCGGCAGGGGGUCCUCGAGAGUGUGCGGAAGGUCGCCAGCAUGACGGAGGAGCGAGACCGGAGCAGGGAGCCUGCGAAACAAGAGCCAGUGGCUCCCGAGGUACCUUCCAAGCCUGCCUUGUCCGAGGAAGAGCUGGAGAAGAAAGCCAAGGCCAUCAUCGAGGAGUACCUCCACAUCAACGACAUGAAGGAGGCACUGCAGUGCGUGCAAGAACUGGACUGCCCCUCCCAGCUCUACAUCUUCGUGCGGAACGGCAUCGAGUCCACGAUGGAGCGGAGCACCAUCGCCCGCGAGCACAUGGGGUUGCUGCUCUACCAGCUGGUCAAGGGGGGCAACCUCUCCAAGGAGGAAUACUACAAAGGGCUGCAUGAGAUCCUGGAAAUCGGGGAGGACAUGGAGAUUGAUAUCCCGCACAUAUGGCUGUACUUGGCGGAGAUCAUAACCCCCAUCUUGAGGGAAGGGGGCAUCCCCAUGGAGGAGCUUUUCAGGGAGAUUGCCAAGCCCUUGGUACCUAUUGGCAAGGCCACUACUCUGUUGCUGGAGAUCCUGGGCCUCCUUUGCAAAGGGAUGAGCCACAAGAAGGCCGGAUCGCUGUGGAGGGAAGGCGGUCUUAGCUGGAAGGAAUUCCUGCCUGAAGACCAGGAUGUCAAUAAGUUCAUCACUGAGCAGAAAGUGGAGUACACAAUGGGCGACAGUUCAGACGCCCCCAGCCGCAAGGAGCUGACCUCCGAAGAUCUGUGCAAGCAACUAGAGAAGCUAUUGAAAGAGAACUCAGAUAACCAAAGAAUAUUCGACUGGAUCGAGGCAAACCUGAGCGAACAGCAGGUCUCGUCCAACAUGUUCAUCAGGGCCCUGAUGACGUCGGUGUGCCAUUCUGCGGUUGUCUUCGAGAAUCCGUACCGGAUGGACAGCGCCGUGAUCAAGAGCCGAGCCAAGCUGCUGCAGAAAUACGUGAGCGAUGAGCACAAAGAGCUGCAGGCCCUCUACGCUUUGCAGGCCCUGGUGGUGAAGCUGGACCAGCCAGCAAAUCUGCUCCGCAUGUUCUUCGAUGCCUUGUAUGACGAGGACGUCAUCAAAGAGGAAGCAUUCUACAAGUGGGAGUCGAGCAAAGACUCAGCCGAGCAGCAAGGGAAAGGGGUCGCGCUGAAGUCGGUCACCGCUUUCUACACCUGGCUGCGGGAAGCCGAGGACGAAUCCGACAACAACUGAGCAUCGGCACCGAG